CCCCCGACUCCUGAAAAUCCCAACCCCAAAAUGUCCCUCGUUUCAAAUCACAAAGCCUGAUACCCCUUUCUCCUCCAAAUCCAUGGCGCUUGCUCCCACCCUCCAACUCCACCCCGCCCCCAUAUUCGACUCCCUCCAUGCCUCCCUCUCGCGCCUCCAAUCUCCCCGCCUCCUCCUCUUCCGCUCCUCCUCCUCCACUGCUCCCUCCAAAAAACUCCGCUUCUCCGCGAAUUCCAUCCACGACCAAGCCCCAGAUGGCAAAUCCUCUCCUUACCCCGGACCCGGCCAUCGCCCCCGCCGUCUCCCAGCCGGGGACCUCUCGUCGCGGCCCACCUGGAUCCAGAGCUGGAACCAAUCUCGCCUCCUGACAAGCCCGAAGCGGCCUAGAGCCUUCUUGGAUUACCGGGAGGGCAUUUCCAGCGACGACGAUGUGGUGGGCACCAGUAGAAGCACUGGGAGUAGCACGAUGGAAAAGAUUGUUGAGAAACUGAAGAAAUUUGGGUAUAUUGAUGUCUCCGAUGAGAGAAAAGAGAGUCCUUUGCCGGAGAAGGGAUCGGUGGAGGACAUCUUCUACGCAGAAGAUGGGAUUUUGCCUGACUCGAGAGGUGGACUGUCGUUGGAUUUGAACAAGGAGGUCCGAUUUCCAUGGGAGAAGCCUUUGCAGAAUAAGGAAGGGGAUGGAGGAGGUAGUUCAAUGCGGAAGAGGAGGAGCAAGACUUCAUUGGCAGAGUUGACGCUCCCGGAAGGGGAGCUGAGGAGGCUGAGGCAUAUGGCUGUGAGAAUAAAGUCAAAGACGAAGAUUAAAGGUGCGGGAGUGACGAAGGACAUCGUGGAUUUGAUUCACGAGCAGUGGAAGACCACGGAGGUAGUGAGGCUUAAGUGUGAGGGGGCUCCAGCACUUAACAUGAAACGAACUCAUGAGAUCUUGGAGAGAAAAACAGGAGGUCUGGUGAUAUGGAGGUCAGGGACUUCUAUUUCUUUAUAUAGGGGUGUAGGCUAUGAGAUCCCUCAACCAGAAAAAAAGCAAUAUCAGAGUGUGCAAAGAUCUGCUGUGGACACAUUCAACAAAGAUACUUACUAUCCAACUGGAGUUUCCAUAGAAAAUGGUAGAGGCAAUAAUAUACAAGAUCUUCAUGAAGAUUUGACAGCUUCUCUUGAGAAGAAAAAAGAUACUGAACCAGAUGCAGAAAUUAAAUAUGAACAUGAGAUUGACAAGCUAUUAGAUGGCCUAGGUCCUCGUUACACAGACUGGCCAGGAUCUGGUCCACUACCUGUAGAUGCUGAUUUGCUUCCAGGUGUGAUUCCUGGAUAUAAACCCCCUUUCAGAAUUCUUCCAUAUGGAGUCAGACGCACUCUUGGUCUGAAGGAAGGUACAGCAUUACGAAGGCUUGCAAGGCUAUUGCCUCCUCAUUUUGCCCUUGGGAGAAGUAGGCAACAUCAAGGGUUAGCUGCAGCGAUGGUGAAGCUCUGGGAGAAAAGUUCCAUUGCAAAGAUUGCUCUGAAGCGUGGGGUACAACUUACGACGAGUGAAAGAAUGGCUGAAGAAAUAAAAAAAUUAACAGGGGGUACAAUUCUUUCUAGUAACAAGGACUACCUUGUUUUUUAUAGAGGGAAGGAUUUCUUGGCCCCAGAAGUGACAGAAGCAUUACUUGAGAGGGAAACAUUAGCUAAGACCCUACAAGAUGAGGAGGAGCAAGCCCGACUAAGAGCCUCCUCUUCAGUUGUUUCAAAUUUUGAAAUAGCUGAUGAACCUGGGACAGCUGGUACUCUUGGAGAGACUCUGGAAGCUGAUGCCAGAUGGGGGAAUAGACUGGAUGAAGAUCAUAUGGAGAAAAUGAUGAGAGCUGCAGAAAUGGCAAGGCAUGCUGACCUUGUGAGGAAGCUAGAGAGGAGGCUUUCUUUGGCUGAACGCAGGUUAAUGAAAGCUGAAAAAGCUUUAGCCAAAGUAGAAGAAUCCCUGAAGCCAGCUGAACAUACUGUAGAUCCUGAAAGCAUAACUGAGGAGGAGAGAUUUAUGUUUCGCAAGCUUGGGUUAAGGAUGAAGGCUUUUUUGCUCCUUGGGAGGAGAGGAGUGUUUGCUGGUACUGUAGAAAACAUGCAUUUGCAUUGGAAGUACAGGGAACUUGUUAAGGUCAUUGUGAAAACAAAAACUUUUGAACAGGCUAAGUACAUUGCUUUAUCACUUGAAUCUGAGAGUGGAGGUGUCUUAGUGUCUGUGGACAAGGUCUCUAAGGGGUUUGCUAUUAUUGUGUACCGAGGAAAGGACUAUGAGCGACCUUCUACCUUGAGGCCUAAGAAUUUAUUGACUAAAAGGAAAGCUCUAGCACGAUCUAUAGAGCUUCAAAGGCAUGAGGCUCUUAGCCGUCAUAUCUCAAAUUUACAGAAAAGGGUGGAGCAGUUAAGAUCUGAACUGGUCCAAAUGGACAAUGUAAAAGACCAAGGGGACGAGGAAUUGUAUACCAAACUGGACUCUGCAUAUUCCACUGAAGAUGAAGAUACAGAGGAUGAUGAUGAUGAGGCUUAUCUUCACACUUUUAAUACUGCUGUUGUCAUUGAUGGUGAUGAAUAUGGCAGAGUUGAAAACUAUGCCAAUAAUGGUGGGGCUGCUGAUGGUGGUGAUGAUGGUUAUGAGGAUGGUGAUGGCGAUGAAGAUGAUGAGUCUGAUGUUUUUGAAGAUAAUGAAGAAGAUUCGAUUGGCUUCGUCCGCACAUCCAUGAAUUCCAUCCAGCAUCAGCAAACUGGAAUGACAGAUACUGCUGCUGAGUGCUGAUGAGCUGUAUAUAUGACCCAAUUUUUCAAAGCAAUGGGGCUCAAGUGGAAGAAAUAUAAUCAUGUAUCUGUAACCAUAAACAAUAUUUGUUAUGCAAAUUAUCAUUUUAAUUAGUUAAAUCAAAUCCAAAAUUUGAGCAGGCUAGCCUGAA